AUGGCUCACGUGCAGAACCCGUUCGACCUUCUGACGGGUGGAGGCGGCGCAGUCGGUGCUUCUGACGGAGGAUCCAAGAACCGCCGAAACCGGAAGAAGAAGCAGCAGCAAUCUCAGGGAGACGACCAGCAGCAACAGGCCAAGCAGCAGCAGCCGCCGCAGCAGCAGCAAAAGCAGGAGUCGGAGGUGGUUCAGCCUGCACCGACCGAACCUCAACCUCCAGCAGCCGCUCCCGCUGCUUCGAUCGGCCACCAGGCAGACGCAGCUUCCCCCGCAGCUGCCUCUGCACCUUCCGCCGCACCUUCCGCUGCGAAGAAGAAGAAGGGGAAAGGCGCAAAGGCGAGGCAGCCUCGAUGGGGGGACGAGGAGGAAGAGCCAGCCAAUGGCGCAGUCGCUGCUCCUGAGAUCUCGUCAAAACCGGCAGAAAAUGCCGCCGCGCCGGCAGUUUCGCCGUCAUCUCCGCCAGCGGCCGGCACGGAAAUUCCGCUAAUCAAGGAUCCCAAGGCGUAUGAGACGGGGGGGCUGAUGCCGGCGGAAUGGGGGGCGGAAGCCGCGCGGGAAGAAGCGUGGCAGCAAGGGGGGAAGACCAAAGGCGGAAAGCAGGCCAAAUCCGCGGGCGCCGCCACCGGCGCUACUCCGACUGCGCGUGGUGGGAACGCCGCCGCUGCUGCUGCGCCUGCGUCGGGCCCGGGGGGAGCGAUCAGCGCGGAAGCCGCGGCGUUGGAGGCGGCGGCGGAGGCGUGCGGAAGGGAUGCGGAGGCGCGGGUGAGGCAGUGGCACGACUGGACUGUGCGCGCGCAACAACUGCCCGCGCCUGGCACUGCGACAGCUUGGAAGGAGAUUUUCUUGAGGAGUCGCGCGUUGGAGAAGACGGUAGAAAGCUGCAUCACACUGCCUCUGUACCCCCACCACCUGCCGCACCUCCAGGCGCUGCUCUCCGUCUCCCUUGGCCAUCAGGAGGCGGCUCAGGUGAUUUCUCAGGUGGCAUCGGACCUCUCUCAGGUGCUAUCCGAGGAAGGCUCCACCCUGGGCCUCACAGCUGGAUCUGCAGGCAAGGGAGCAGCGGGGGGGGAUGUGCGUGGCGCAGCUGCUAAGGCACUGGCUGCUGCUGUGACUGCAGUGAAGGAUGUGCUCUCUCAAGUCCGUUACUCCACCAAUCUAAUCCAUUACACUUCCAUCCACCCCUCCCCCCAUCCCCAUGCACAGUUGGGCGGGUCAGGGUGGGCAGUGGAGCGCAUUGCUGCACAGCUUGGUGACGCUGGCGUGUCUUCGAAGCUGCAGGAGAUGCAGGCCAAAGGGAAGGCAGGGAAGCUGGUUACCACAGCGGUUGCAGGGGGUGCAGCAGGCGGGAAAGGUGCCGCUGUUGCUGCUGCGGCUGGUGGUGGUGGCGCGGGAGGGGGAGCAGCAGAGGGGGAGGGUGUGUGGGAGACGCAAGGGGGAGGAGGCAAGGGAGGCAAGAAGGGCGGGAAAAAGGGGGUGGAGACAAGGGCAACAGCAGCAGCAGCAGCAGCAGGGGCAGCAGCAGCAGCUGGGGCAGCAGCAGGGGCGGCUGCAGUGGAGGAGGCAAGGAGGAAGUUAGAAGCAGCAGCAGCAGAGAGUACCAAGCUGAGGGGCCAGGUGGAGGCUGCAGAGGCGGAGGCAUCUAGGCUGCGGUCGCUGUGGCUGGACGCAGAGGCGAGGCGGAAGCAGCUUGAAGAGGUGUUAGCUGCUGCCUCUGCUGCUGCUAGCAGCGGUGGUGGAAAGCCUGCAGGUGUUGUGGAUGCAGAGGCGCGGAGGAAGGAGCUGGGGGAGGUGUUGACUGCUGCCUGUGCAGCUGUAAAGCGUCUCAAAGUGCUUCCCUUCCCACCCGCCAUCAACCCUCUCCCCUCCCAACCCGGGAUUCGCAAAACACUCUUCUGCCUUCUCCUCUCCCCCUUCCCCGCCCGCCUCCUCUCCCCCUCCUCCCGCUCCUCCUCUCUCCCUCCUCCCGCUCCUCCUCUCCCCCUCCUCCCGCUCCUCCUCUCCCCCUCCUCCCGCUCCUCCUCUCCCCCUCCUCCCGCUCCUCCUCUCCCCCUCCUCCCGCUCCUCCUCUCCCCCUCCUCCCGCUCCUCCUCUCCCCCUCCUCCCGCUCCUCCUCUCUCCCUCCUCCCGCUCCUCCUCUCUCCCCCUCCUCCCUCUCCUCCUCUCCCCCUCCUCCCGCUCCUCCUCUCCCCCUCCUCCCGCUCCUCCUCUCCCCCUCCUCCCGCUCCUCCUCUCCCCCUCCUCCCGCUCCUCCUCUCCCUCUCCUCCCGCUCCUCCUCUCCCCCCCCUCCCGCUCCUCCUCUCCCCCUCCUCCCACUCCUCCUCUCCCCCCCCUCCCGCUCCUCCUCCCCCCCCUCCCGCUCCUCCUCUCCCCCCCCUCCCGCUCCUCCUCUCCCCCCCCUCCCGCUCCUCCUCUCCCCCCCCUCCCGCUCCUCCUCUCCCAUCCUCCCCCGCGCCUACACAUUCGGAGCCCCCGAUCGGGAGGCGGCAGUGAUGGCGGUGGUGGGUCAAGCAGUGGAGAAUCAUCUCAGUGCGCUUUCAGCGCUGCUGCAUGCCAAGCUCGACCAGCUCAAAUCAGCCGGCGAGCGCCUGCAGUUCUCCCAGGAGAAGCUGCAGAAGAUGAAGGCAGAGAAGGACGCUCUGAAGGGCAAGCCACAGCUGCGUUCUGGAUUGGGGUGGAGGAAUGAGGUGCUGCCCUGCUGGGUCGAUGUGGUUUUGUACCACAGCCUGUCACACUGCUGGGUGGCGCAAUGCUACUCGGGUUUAGCGUUCUGGAUUGGGGUGGAGGAAUGA